GGUGUCCGAUAAAAGAGCAACACGUCUGUUGGAGUGAAACUGAGAAUUAGAAAAAUAAGUAACGUUAGGAACUACGACUGGUUGGAUUACAACUAACACUUAAUUACGAGCUCCCAGUUGGAUUUAGCAGCUAAAGAAGUACGCGGACAACUCAGAAGCAGAGUGAAGGUGUCAUGGCCCCCCUGUUCACUGAGCUGCCCUCCUAGUCUUGCCUCAUAUAGAGAAAUACAUGCUUAAACAUCCCUAGAACAAACACAUCCACUUUUGACUCUUGGUGUGUGUUUGGGAUGACAACCUCCCAUUUGAACGGCCAUGUUGCUGCGGAGGGAGGAGGAAGUGGUGGAGGAGGUGGUGGAGGAGGAGGAGGAGGAGAUGAAGAGCUGAGGGCAGGACAGCAGCAUCGGGAAAUGGCCGUCGACUGUCCAGGAGAGCUGGGGAGUCGGACGCUACCGCUCCGAAGAUCAGCACAGCUGGAGAGGAUACGCCAGCACCAGGAGGAUCUUCGUCGCCGUAGAGAGGAGGAGGGUCGGCAGCUGGACCUGAACGCCUCGAUCAGACUCAGGAAGCUCUCCCAGCAUCCCAACAUCGGCAUCGACAACCCCACAUUCCUGCAAGACACAUACACACCGCAGCAGCCAGCACUCGGCAGCCAGCACACACACGCACUGCUGGAGUUGGAGGAGUUGCUGCUGUCACUGAAGCAGGUCCAGGGCUGCUUGUCUGACCAGCAGAGUCAAAAUGACAUAGAACUGGUUCUUGCACUACUAAACAAGUCUGAUUUCCAGUCAGCGCUGAAGAUCCAUAAUGCAGUGUCCUCCAGCAUGCACCGACCCUCUCCUCCAUACCCACACACACAGCAGGCACUUCAGCUGGCCAUGGAGGUCAGGAAUCUCAUCCAGCCAAGUCAGAACAAAGAGGGACUUGAACUCGACAGCCUGCUGUCAGACAUACACAUUCAGUCAUUGCUCCUGGCCCAUGACAGCAUUGCAGAGAGGGAAAUGCAGCCUGAGCCGCUGCCCACCCAAGGAGAAACGCUGACCCAGUGGGGAGGAGAGACUGUCAAGAUAGUUCGCAUAGAGAAAGCCCAAGACAUACCACUGGGGGCGACUGUUCGUAAUGAAAUGGACAGUGUGGUGAUCAGUCGUAUUGUUCGAGGCGGAGCAGCUGAACGGAGUGGACUUUUAUCAGAAGGAGAUGAAAUAUUGGAGAUAAAUGGCAUAGAGAUCAGAGGGAAAGAUGUCAACCAAGUCUUUGAUAUUCUUGCGGACAUGCACGGCCUCCUGACUUUUGUGCUUAUUCCCUGCACUCAAAGCAAACCCCCUCCUGUCAAAGAGUCUGUGACCCAUGUGAAGGCACAUUUUGACUAUGACCCGUCGGAUGACCCCUAUGUGCCGUGCAGAGAGCUGGGCUUGUCCUUCCAGAAAGGAGAUAUUCUCCACAUUAUCAGCCAGUCAGACCCCAACUGGUGGCAGGCUUACAGGGACGGAGAUGAGGAUAACCAGCCGCUAGCUGGACUGGUACCAGGGAAGAGUUUCCAGCAGCAGAGAGAAGCCAUGAAGCAGACCAUCGAAGAAGACAAGGAGCCUGAGAAGUCUGGGAAGCUGUGGUGUGCGAAGAAGAACAAGAGGAAGAGAAAGAAGCCUUUGUACAAUGCUCACAGGAAUGAUGAUAUUGAUAAUGAUGACGUUCUCACCUAUGAGGAGAUGGCUCUGUACCACCAGCCUGCCAAUAGAAAGCGUCCGAUUGCAUUGAUUGGCCCGCCCAGCUGCGGGCAGGCGGAGCUCAGGCAGAGACUGCUCAAUAACCAACCAGAACGCUUCGCUGGAGCUGUGCCUCACACCACGCGGAGCCGCCGAGAAGGCGAGAUGAGUGGCCGAGACUACCACUUUGUGUCUCGUCAGACCUUUGAGGCAGAGCUGGCCGCAGCAAAGCUGAUCGAGUCUGGUGAGUUUGAGAAGAACCUGUACGGGACGAGUACAGACUCAGUGAGACAGGUCAUCAACACUGGAAAAAUCUGUGUGCUCUGUCUGCACACACAGGCUCUAAAGGUGUUGAGGAGUUCAGACUUGAAGCCUUACAUCAUCUUCAUAGCUCCGCCCUCCCAGGAAAGACUCCGGGCCCUAUUGGCUAAAAACAACAAGAACCCCAAGCCCGAGGAGCUGCGGGACAUCAUCGAGAAAGCCCGGGAGAUGGAGCAGAGCUGCGGUCACCUGUUCGAUGCUGUCAUCGUCAACACGGACCAGGACAAAGCCUAUAACGAGCUGCUACGACUCAUCAACAAACUGGACACUGAACCCCAGUGGGUGCCCUGCUCCUGGCUGCGCUGAAAACGCAGCCACACACGCCAGUCUGAGAGUGCACAUUAGUAGACAUUUAACAAACUGGAACCGUAAAUGUUGUGUGAGAGUUCCGGCGGAGUGUCGGGCCACUGUUAUCUGAGAUUUUGAGAGUUGGAAAAGUCAUCAUGUUACGGAAAGAAAUCUGUAAUUUUACAAGAAAAGUGCUUACUACUGUGAGAAUUAGCUGUAAGUCACAAUACUACAAAAGUUGCAGUUUUACUUGAAACAUUCAGAAUUUCACUAGAAAAAAGUCAUAGUAUUUAUAUAUCAAGUCAUAUUUUAGGGGAAAGGUGGUUAUUUUGAGAAGACAAUGCACAUAUAUGUCACCAUAAAAUAGAUUACAUGUUUUGUUGUCCUGACAGUCCAUAUAUUUAUAUUAUACAGUUACUAAUACUUCUCUGACAUUGGCAGUUCCCAGCAGUUACCAGCAGAGCAGUAGUAUACUACGAUGAAAUUCUGCCUGCCUGCCUCUCAUAUCAUUUCAACAAAGUCUUAAUGUAAUUGGUGUCAUUUCAUUCAUAUCAAGGUGCUCAGUGGUUAAACCUGUAACCUCAGGUCAUCUAUAUUCCCUCGUUUGACACUUAAAAGCUGACAGACUGGCAUCAGCUGUUUCCCAUGGCUGGUUAUAAAUUUAUUAAAAAUCUAAUUUUACAACUUAAUUUAAAAAAUAUUACCCUUUUUUGUAAAAUUAAAACAUAAUCCCAUAUUAGGACUUUUUCUUGUAAGUCUGUGACGUAAUUCUAUGACUGUGUUCAUAGCAUGGGACACUUAGUUCUCGUAAUAGAUUCUUCUCAAAAUAUUACAACAUUGUUCUAGUAAAAUUGUAAUACUAUGACUUGUUUUCUCUAUACUAAUUUAACAAAUUUUAAAACAUACAACAUUUUAUUCUUGAAAUGAUAUUUUUCCUGUAACACUAUGACCCCAUCUCAAAAUAUUACAACUAAAAUUUCAUUCUCAUAAUUAAACUUUUUCUUGUAAUUUUAUGACAUUUUCUCCGGAACUAAAACUUUAUUACAACAACAGUUGUACAACAGUACAACUAAUCGCAACAUAGCUUUUAUCUUAACCCUCAUGUAUCCCUUUAACAUUAAUUAAUACUAUGACUUUAUGCUCAAAAUGUUCUUCAUAUCUCAGAUUUGAGUUUUUCUUACUGUUGACCCUGAAACGUUGUCACACUACAGACAGUAGAUACACAGCAUCUUCUAGAAUGUAUUGACCUGGUGUCACUGGUAUUGAUGAAUAUAAACUUUUUGUGCGUCGACUGUCCUGAAAAACACUGAUCUUGGAUGGUCCCUACUGGUCCAUACUGUUUUUAUUUAGCAGUGAUAUUUAUAUGAAACUGGUGUCUUUCUUAUCGUCACCAAAAUAUGGACCUGGAAAAUACUUUUUUUUUUGUCUGCUUCACCUAAAGAGUUAUUCUUUCUCAGAAUUGUGAGGUCUUAACUAUAAUGCAUCCUUCGACUUUACACUGUGAUCAUUUCAACCAUUAUGAUUUUAAAUAUUUAUAUUACGACAGUCAAAUUAUUUUUGCUCUUUGCAGUGCCGAGAAUCACUGUAAGCAUUUGAUUUUGUAUUCAAGCAGCUUCAUUUUUUUAUUGAAUAACUCGGGCGUGGCGUGGUGUUGGUCCCGAGCACAAAACGUGUACAAAUGAGGCCCCUGUGAGGAGUAAACGUGAAAGUCUCACACACGGAGACGUCAAGUAAAAAUGUAUGUCCACACUGAGCCACCACAUUUAUUGCUAUGAAGAACACGCACUCCCCCCCCCGCCACACACACAUUCUGUACAACACACCGCAGCAGUGGAUUAGACGCUGACUUUCCCCUGUUGAAGGGAGUCUGGCGAUUUAUGGCCUGAAGCUGCAGCCUUCUGAACACUGACUGACUGACUGACUGACUGACUGGUUGAACGGCUGGUUUCUUGACUGGCUCGUCUGUUAAAGUGUACAUUAUUGCAAUAAACACUAAAAUAAAGGACAUGGCACUUGAUAUUUCCUGGCUGUUUUUCCUGACUGCCAUACGACAGACUAUCACGUCAGCUGACUCUUUCUGUCCUGUCUGAUCACACUUGAGUAGAAACGACCUCUCAGCCUGAGCCCUGACUGUUUAGAGGGUAACGGAAACGUGAACGUUGUACUUUGUAGAUGUGCUCCUGAUCGGCACAUGAUGCUGAAUUUAUUAUAUAUUUAGUGUGUGUGUGCGUGUGAACGGAUGUACGUGUGUUUGUGCCUGUCUUUGAAGACUGAAGUAUUAUUAUGACCUGAAGUAGACCUGACACCACAUCACUGUUAAUUCUGGGUGGAGCAUUUAUAUAUUUGUAAUAUUAAAAUAGAUUUAUGAAGUCCAGAAUGCACCAGUUGCAGGUUUCACCUCCCCCACCUCCCUGCCACCGGUCCAGGAGGAGGAGGGGCUGAGUGAAAUGAACUGUGUUGAAUGUGAAGUUAAUCGAUAUCACUUCUUGUUUAUCAGACAUCACUUCUUCCUGAGAAAAUUUGCUUUUUGUAUGAAUAUUCACAAUGAAUAAAUAAAUAGAUGAUUGAUAGAAAAUGA